AUGGAAUUCUACGAUGAAGAAGACUUUUCAUUCAGGUUUCGUUUCACCAAGGCGUCUGUCAUUGCAAUCAUGUCGGAACUGCAGUUGAAAAAGAACACGGACCGAAGGGGAACCCCGCUCCCACCGCUGCUGAAGGUGCUCAUCACGCUUCGGUUUUACGGCACUGGUGCCAUGCAGACAGUGGUUGGCGACCUCGUGCGCGUCUCACAGCAGUAUGUGUCGCGUUGUGUCUGGGAGAUCACCCAGGUCAUAUCAGACGCGAAUGCUGUGAUGGCCCGCUUCUACGCAAUUGGCCUGUUUCCAGGUGUAACGGGGUGUAUAGACUGCACGCACGUCCCGAUUGUGAGCCCUGGAGGCGAGAACGCCGAGGUCUUCCGCAACCGCAAGGGAUACUCCUCACUUAAUGUGCAGGUAAAGUGA